UUUGUGUCGAUUUACGAAAUUUUCCUCGUUGUCAUCAUUUCGUAAAUCGAGACAAAUCGUCGUCUCUUCCGCGCGCCCCGCCCCAUUGGGUCCCGGAUGUCUGUCACUCUCUAACUAUCAACACUCUCUGUACCGGUAAUAUCGACGCAGCAUUUUUUUUUAUUUUGUGGUAUAUUAUUCCAAAUUGUCAAAGGUAAAUUAUACGCCUUUAUUUUUUUGUCAAAUACUAGAAUGGCACCUUCUUACUCGAGGAAUACAAAAAAUUCAAAGAAGACGGCACCGAUAUCUGCUGAGGAAAAACACAAGAUUCUUGAAGAAGAAUUUGCAAAAAGUCCGUAUCGAGGACAAAGGAAUUUGGAGUUGUGUGCAAUGUUCAAUAUGACUAGGAGAAGGCUCGAUGCCUGGUUCUACAAUAGAAGAAUUAACGCAGGAAUCGCGACAGGAACCCCAGGUCUAUCACAUUCCACAGAAGUUCUCAAGAUUCUCGAAAAUGCGUUCAAAACUCACCAAUAUGUAACUCGAGAGCUCACAAAGGAACUGACGGAAAAGGCAGGGCUCAAUGAGAAGCAAAUUUGGUUUUGGUACAGAAAACGACGAGCAAAAGCUGAAGCUGCUCAUAAAACAGGCGCCGAGUUGCCAUUCCAGAUGAAGUUACUUGAAAUAGCAUAUGCAGAGGAUCCAGGGUUCACAAAGGAAACACUUAAUAGAUUGAAAGAGGAAGGAGGGUUAGAAAGUAAGGAUAUCUCGGCCUACUUCUCCGCACAAAACGAACGAGCAAAGUUUUCGAAACAUAAGGAUGCGGAGAAAAAUGAGCAGGAGUACUUAGCGCAGAAAAAGAUAAAAGAUAGGGAAAAGUUUGAGAGACAUUCUGAAAGCGCUGUUAAACUUUUCAAGGAGACAUUCUCGAAAUUUCAAUUUCCCAACGAUAGCCUGAUAGCUGAACUCAUAGAAAAAACGCAAAUAGAAGGAGUAAAGAUUCGCAGAUGGUUCACACGAGCUAGAGAAACAGCCAUGAAGGCCUAUAAAAAUAAUGGUACCCCGCUGCCGCUUGGAAUGAAGGAACGACAGAAGGAGAUGGAAACAAUUGGAAAUGCGACAAAGAGGAUAAGGACUUCUGCAGGAGCUGAUGCCGAUCUUUCAACAACAUCUUCUCGAAGCAAGAAAGACAAGAAAAGUAAACAAACUGAGCAGCGGGAGCCAAAUGAAGAGCCACGAUCUCCGAGUAUUGAGAACAAUCAGCCACACUGUUCAACUUCCGAUCCAUCAGCCGAGAGCAAUUUAAACAGCCAUUGUAAUAAGGGAGCUCGCGAUGCUAAACUCAGAAAACGACACAGAGCGUUGCCAGAGUCUUCAAUUCUCAGUGAACCAGCUGUAAGGGUAAUGGCUAGUGUGGAGGAAGUAAAACAAGAACCUAUCGAUGGUUCUCUCCAAGAUCCUGGAAACCGAGGAGACAGGGAUUGGAGGUCUUGGACGCACUCCCAAGUCAUGGAAUGGAUGGACCAAAUAAUUCCCCGCUCGGCGCAGACUUCCUUUCGAGAAGAGCAGAUUGAAGGCUCGUCGAUGGCCGAUUUUCUCAAUCAGACUAUCGGAGGGCUUUGCAGAAUUCGAGCUCGGAAUCCGCGUCUCACAACGGAACAUUUCAAGGCGCUGGGGGAGCAGAUGAAGUUGCUGGAGCCGAACUUUAGAAAUGUGGCAUUGUGAUCAUUAUUUAUUCUUUACAAUUUACAAAUUAGAAUGAAACUUUAACGAAAUUGAAA